CAAUUACUGAUACCAUUCGCCUUCAUUAUAUGCACGUAGCAGGAACAGCUCAUACUCUCUUAUGGGAUAGCCGAUUAAGCUGAGCUCCCCACGGAGGCUUGUCAGCUGCGGUAGGCCUUCCGAUCUUUAUCCUUAGCUCGCUCGUGGACUCUGUAGCCCAGGCUUCCUAUUAUGGAACACCAAAGUGAGAGUGGGUGCGCUCCACCUCCACCUCUAGCAUACCAUUUUGUCAGACAAUCUGGCCGCAAGAUAGACGAGUCGACACGCAGUAGCAUUCGAUCCCAUGCAAUGAAGGAGUUUCGGAACAAGCAGCGUCAACAGAAACAAUUAGGAACUGUACAAAAUGGCCAGCAAUCUAUUACAGAGUUCAACCCUAGCCCAUGCCGAUGCUUACCUCAAGUUCAGAUUUCUUCGGCUUCGUCAGAACAGUACUCAGGCACACAGAGGGUGGUGGUCCCGCCUUUGACUUCCAUGUCAUCGGUGUCCGGGCACUGCUACUACUGCGGCGGGGUACAAUUAAUAGGAAUGUUCCAGCCACAAGAGGUGGAUGUCGUGCAGCAAUACUCCGUCUCUGGACAUACCUUUGCCGCCGCAGCUGACUUUGAUCUUUUCAACUCCAUUACAGAUCUAUCUCAGCCUCACACCACACUGAAACAAUCUAAACACGUUUGUUACAGGUUGCGCCGAGUAAAGUGUGACGAGUCGAAACCAGCAUGUCUACGCUGUUUGAAUCUUGAUUUAGAAUGUGCACGCCGGCAACCCUCACCUGGUCCUCGCCCACUUAAAUGUCGCUCUGUACAGCCAAAGAAUGCGAGUCCCUCCACUCUAGUUUCAAAUACACUGUCAGGAAGGCUCUUUGAGACGGAGCAGGAGUACCAAUAUUUCGACUUAUUCUCCACAAAAACUGCAUUCGAGGUUCUCCCAACCUUCGAUGCCGAAGCGUUGCGUCGCAUAUUGUUGCAAGCAUGCGACUCUGAAGUUUCUGUUCGAUAUGCCAUCGUUGCUCUAGGAGCACUCGCCAAGAAGUCCGACACAGCUGGCCCCAGCUCUGUGUCUCGUAACGCUUGUGAGAUGAGACCUGUCCUGUAUUAUCAGGAUGCACUUCUGCAAUACAGCAAAGCUAUCAAAUACAUAAGGACCGCUGUUUCCAGUGAAUGCCAGAAUCUUAGGACAACAUUACUUUGCUGCUUUUUGGUCACGAUGUUUGAGGCAGGCCUCGGUAAUGACAGGUUAGUGGUGGAUCAGAUUCAAACCGGUAUUUCGUUGUUACGGGAUUGGAGAUCGCAAUAUGCCGAUGCGCAUAAGCACGCUUUGGGAUUAUCAUCACCAGCUCCUAAGGUCAUUGAAGACGACAUUUUUCGAGCUUUUAGCCGCUUAGAAAUUCAGACACUAUAUACCCUAGAUGAGAGAUUUCUGGGUCGACAGGCUUGCCUAAGCAAAGAUGCCAACAGUGCACAGCAAAUUGGAGACGAGGAUUUCCUAAGAAGCGGUACACAAACUCUUCAAAAAAUGCCCAGAGUUUUCACCACUUUUGCACAGGCGCGAAAAUACCUGGAACUUAUCAUGAAAUGCGCCAUUAUCUUACAUCGCCUGAACAUUAUGGUGUGCCACCGGACAAACAAUUACUCUGUCAACUCACCAUUUCUUCGCUUAGCAACGGUCCAGCAUCCUACAAAUGCAGCUUGCUCAUCCGCGAACGGAUCCAGCCACACGGAUUCCUUACCGCUUCCUCAGAGGUUGGCUUCCUAUCAAGCAAACAACAUCUCAGGGCUAUCUCAAUGGUCUAAGUGCUUUCAGGCUUUCUCCAAGGGAAUAUUUGAGCAGGGUCGAAGGGAGUUAUCAGCAGCCGAUACACUCUAUCUGCAUUCAAAGAUGGUUCAUAUUGAGUUAGUGACCGCACUUUCAUUCAGCCAAGCCGUGUUUGACGACUUUACUUCCGAGUUUGAAGAUAUAGUAACUUUAUCACAAAUGCUACUCAAGACCAACUGGAUACACCAAUCAGCCACUAUUUGCUUUACCUUCGAUCUCGGCAUCAUUUUGCCUCUUUGGCUAGUAGGCAUCAAAUGCCGCGUGAAGUCGAUCAGACGACAAGUAAUCUCCUUACUGCGCUUACACCCACGUAGAGAAGGUGUCUGGGAUAGCAAAUUGGUAACUAAAAUGAUAGAGUGGAUCAUGGAAGUUGAGGAGGAGCAAGAUCAAGGUGACACUAUUCCGGUUUGGGCAAGGACACACGGAAUAUUGUGGUCUUUCGAUAUGGAACAGCGAACAGUGUAUUUGGUAUGUCAGCACAAGAGAUAUGAGUGGUCUGAUGAACUUGUUACAAGGCAGACUAGGAUUGCAUGGUGAGUCUGAAACGACUAUAUAGAUAUUGCAUUUUGUCACGUGAUGCACCGGAUUAUGCUGGCAACGAUUCUAGAUCAAAGAACCAUACACUAUUUAAUCUAGUUGCAGUUAGAUAGGAGGCAACCUAGGCGGUUAGACAGGAGGCAGAGAGGGGGGUAGAGGAGGCCGAGGAGGUGGAGGCAGAGGAAGAAAACGGCAGAGAGGCAGAAGCACAUUGCAGGGAGGGUCACUAAAGAGACGGCGGACUAGGUGUUUAGGGAGAACACUACCGCUAGGCAACAGAGAGGGAUCUAAUGGCAAGGGGCAGCUAACAGAGGAGGGGAACAGGAGCAAUGCAGGGUCGUAGGGCAAGGUCCUAGACCUACUAGCAACGCUAGGAAAGGGUGGUGUCACUCUAGGCAGUAACGACUAGGAUUAAGACGAUAACGUGUUCUAGUUGUUAUAAGUGAAAUGUAACAUAUAUGUAGAUUAUAUAGAAAAUACAGAGGG